GCGCUGAACUGAGCGGGUUUCCGGUAUGUAACGGGACAGAGGUACGGGGUGAGGAUGAGAUGGAUUUAUUCCUGCUGCUUCUUUUUUGCUCUGUUUCAUCUGCAGUGAAACACUCGCUGAUAAAUUACUUCACCGGAUCUUCUGGAGUCCCGCACCUCUCCGAGUUUGUGGGCGUUGCAGCGGUUGAUGGUGUUGGUGCAGUUUACUGUGACAGCAGCAACAAGAUCCUGGAGCAGCGACAGGACUGGGCCCAGAAAGUCUUUGAUAAUGACCCUCAGCUGCUGCACUGGUACCAACACGAGUGCUUUAAAACUCAGCCAGACGCCUUCAGAGCGCGGAUUGUUAGUCUGAAGCAGCAGUUCAACCAAAGCGGAGGGUUUCACAUUUUACAGGCGAGAAGUGGCUGCGAGUGGGACCGAAGCACCAAAGAGGUGAGCGGAUUUUUAAAGUACGGCUAUGAUGGAGAAGACUUUAUCGAACUGGAUCUGAGGGCACAGAAAUGGAUCGCAGCGAAACCAGAGGCUAACAUUACCAAACAGAGCUGGGACGCUGACGGGAACAGAACACAGCUCAACGUGCUCUUCCUCACUCACACCUGCCGAGAGCGGCUGCAGGUGUUCUUGAAGAGCGGGAACAGCUCCCUGCAGAGGACAGUUCUUCCCUCAGUGUCUCUCCUCCAGAAGUCUCCCUCCUCUCCAAUCAGCUGCCACGCUACAAGUUUCUACCCUCACAGAGCCGUGAUGUUCUGGAGGAAAGAUGGAGAGGAGAUCCAUGAAGGUGUGGAUCUUGGAGAGAUCCUCCCCAACAAUGAUGGGACCUUCCAGAUCAGUGCUGAUCUGAAUGUUUCAUCAGUCACACCUGCAGACUGGAGCAGAUAUGAGUGUGUGUUUCAGCUCUCUGGUGUCGAGGACGCCAUCAUCACCACACUGAAUAAAAGAGUGAUCAGAACCAACCGGAGAGAGCGGCGCUCCAACCCGGCCGUCCCCGUCAUUGUUGUUCUUGUUCUCGUCCUCGUUGCUGCUGCUGGAUUUGCUGUUUACAAAAAGAAGAAAGGAAAACACUCGGCCCCACCUUCUGGCAGCAGCUGUGACGUCUCUGACAGACAGAACAGAGAUGGCACAUAAACAGGAGUGUUCACACCUGCAGCUACACAGGAGCCGGGACGAGUGUUGCUCUCUGCAUUCUUUCUGUUAAUAUCACUUUAUGCUUUGGCGCUUAUGGAAGUCAUUUCAAUUAAUUAAUUUUAUGAAUACUAACAAUAUUUAACCAGUUUUCAGACUUUAAUUCAUUUUCCUGCUUCGUCGAUGAGCCUGUCAGACAGAGCCCUCUCUGCUGCCAUAGUAACUGUCCUCUCUGUGUUUGAUCGUCACGUUUCAGCUCAUGAUUGCUCCUCGGUCGAGUCAAAAUAAGCUAAACAAUAACUGAAGCAGCGAACUAUGAAACACUGACACACCUGUCCCAGCAUCCACGUUACAUUUUUGCUCGUCUUCAUGAUGACAAAUAUUCUAUUUUUGUAAAGUCAGUGAUGAAGAAAGUUUUUUUUCUCAUUCUUUCAUUUUUAUUUUCUUAUUAUUACUUUUAGUUUGCUUGAAUCAUUUUUAUGCUUUGAAAUAAUAAAUAUAGUUUAUACUCUUUCUGAAAGAGCUGAUUAUAAAAAUAAGAAAAUGAGCACAAAUACAUAGCAACCUUUUUGAACUGUGAUUAUUAAAACAGAAAAAAAAACCGCCCCCCCCCCCCCACCUGUUUAUUGUAAUUCAAACUGAAUAUCAGCUAUUUGAUCAACAAACCUGUCGUUUUAACUUUUAUAGGAAACCUUUUUUUCUUAUGAUCUCUCAUUAUAGAAAUAUUCAAACUUUUCUUUUCAUGCCAGAAUGUAUGAGUUACAUACUCAGCUUGAAUUACACAGAGAAAUAACAGCAGAGCUUCACCAGCACUGAAAUACUCAGUGAAGUAUUUGAGGAGCAGCAGACGCCUUCACUCCUCGUCAGAGUCGCCGUCUGUGCCGCGCAGCUCUGCUCUUACCUGCCUCCCCUCCUCCAGGACAGUUCUCCCCCCAGAAAUGGGCUCACCCACUCUGCAAAGCUGACACCCCCCACCCCCCCACAAACACACACACACACACACCAUGAGCCUGAGAUUCAUGCAUUCAGUAGUAGCCCUUUUGUAAAAGUAUAUUUGGGCGGGGUUACUCAGUUUAGUUUCGCAUGGGUUUGUUGUCAGCGGCCACUUCUUUAGGUACAGGCGCCGUUGUAUUCCUGUUUCCCCACUUGGUAACUAAGAAUCAUAAGUUCUCCAUCAUCCUGGCUGCUUCUAUUGACGUGUGUUCUUUUGAGUCACCUGUAAAUAAACUUUGCAUUUGAA